CGCCGCCGCGCCGCGGCUAGAGGGCGGGAGGCUGGGGGGAGGGUAGCGGAGCCGGCGCCGCCGCCAUGUUGGCUGUGAGGCGGCUGCUGUAGGCGCCGGCGGAGCGAGCGGCUGCGCGGAGCGGCGGCGGCGUGGGAUCUGCCUGUCUGCGAGCGGCCCGGAGCGGCGGCGGCGGCGGCGCCAUGAGCGGGGGCACCCCUUACAUCGGCAGCAAGAUCAGCCUUAUCUCCAAGGCGGAGAUCCGCUACGAGGGCAUCCUCUACACCAUCGACACCGAGAACUCCACCGUCGCCCUCGCCAAAGUUCGGUCCUUUGGUACAGAAGACAGACCAACAGAUCGUCCAAUACCACCUCGGGAUGAAGUCUUUGAAUACAUUAUUUUCCGUGGAAGUGAUAUUAAAGACCUCACCGUUUGUGAACCACCAAAACCACAAUGUUCUUUGCCUCAGGACCCAGCUAUCGUUCAGUCUUCACUAGGCUCAUCUACUUCUUCAUUCCAGACAGUGGGUUCCUACGGACCUUUUGGCAGGAUGCCGACAUACAGUCAAUUCAGUCCCAGUUCAUUAGUUGGUCAGCAGUUUGGUGCUGUUGGUGUUGCGGGAAGCUCCCUGACAUCCUUUGGAACGGACACGUCCAACAGCGGUACGCUCUCCCAAAGUAGUGCAGUUGGUUCCUCUGCUUUUACACAGGACACAAGAUCACUAAAAACACAGUUAUCUCAAGGAACCUUAAGUCUGAUGCGGGGCUGGAGAGACAGUACACCAGGUCGUUCAAGCCCUCAGUUAGACCCUUUGAGAAAAAGCCCAACCAUGGAACAAGCAGUGCAGACCGCCUCGGCCCACUUACCUGCUCCAGCACCUGUUGGCAGAAGGAGCCCUGUAUCAACCAGGCCUUUACCAGCUACCAGCCAGAAAGCAAUAGAGAACCAAGAGCACAGGCGAGCUGAAGUACACAAAAUUUCAAGACCAGAAAGUGAGCAACUGAGAAAUGAUAAUAAGAGACAAAUAGUUCCGGGUGCUCCUUCAGCACCAAGAAGAGGACGUGGGGGUCAUCGAGGUGGCAGGGGAAGGUUUGGUAUUCGACGAGAUGGUCCAAUGAAAUUUGAGAAAGACUUUGACUUUGAAAGUGCUAAUGCGCAGUUUAACAAGGAAGAAAUCGACAGAGAGUUUCAUAAUAAGCUGAAAUUGAAAGAAGAUAAACUUGAGAAGCAAGAGAAGCCUGUAAAUGGUGAGGAUAAAGGAGAUUCAGGAGUUGAUACCCAGAACAGUGAAGGCAAUGCUGACGAAGAGGAUCCGCUUGGACCCAACUGCUAUUACGACAAAACUAAAUCCUUCUUCGAUAAUAUUUCCUGUGAUGACAACAGAGAAAGAAGACCAACCUGGGCUGAAGAAAGAAGAUUGAAUGCAGAAACAUUCGGAAUCCCACUUCGUCCGAACCGUGGCCGUGGAGGUUACAGAGGCAGAGGAGGUCUUGGUUUCCGUGGUGGUCGAGGACGUGGUGGUGGCAGAGGCGGUACCUUCACCACCCCUCGGGGGUAUCGUGGGGGAUUCAGAGGAGGUCGUGGCGGCAGGGAGUUUGCAGAUUUUGAAUAUCGGAAAGACAACAAAGUUGCUGCAUAGUCUGCAAACAAGUCUUUGAAAAUAGGUGAAUAGCUCUUCAUGGUCCUGAGAAUUGGUUUCAGUCUUUGUGAAGAAGGAAGAAGUGAAUUGAAGAAGUGAAUUGCUGUCUAUUUGUCACCAGCACUGGGUUUUUUGUUUGUUUGUUUUUCUGCUUAAUUUCAAAGAUACAAAGCAGUUACUUUUGGGGGUGGGGCGGGGGGAGCUCAUCUUAAAAAAAAAAAGUGAGCAUUAAAUAUAUUUGGAAUAGCAGAAGGUUAAGUAAUUUCUUAUGUAUAGUUAAACUAAAGCCGUACUUCAGUGGGACUUUUGAGUAUUUUUUCAUUACUGAAAGGAUUUUUCUUAUCACUAAAUUGUAUUUGGCAAUUACUGCAACUUGCCUGCAGCUCGGGCCGUGAUACUGUGUUUUGAGCCACAGAAGGGUUGUGUGCGUGUCUGUGUGCGGGCGUGUGCGGGUGACUGUCCUUCUUUUUGGAAAUCCUGUAAUAUCCCUUUUGAGGUAGCUUGUUUCGUCAAUUAGGGUGCUGGAUGGUAGAGAAUUUUGUCGGUCCACUAUGUACACACAGUAAAUACUGUUUCUUAGGCAAAGGUAACUUUUUUAUAUAGUUGUAAAAUUCCAUUAUAUUCCAUUGCCAAAGAAACAUUAAGAACUUUGUAUAGCUGUAUAAAAAGCAACUAAUUUUUUAAAGAAUAAACAUUUUAAAGUCAGCAAACAUACUGUGUCCUUGCAGAACUUGAUGUGUUGAGAAGCAGAGAUGGGGGUGGGCCUUUUUUUUUUUUUUUUCAUAACUCUCCAGGCUUAAGAUUUUUAUUUUAUUUCAUUUUUAAUGUUCAGAACAUACAUGAAAAUUUGAUAAAUUCUUCCAUUAUCUAAAACGGAUAAAUUAUGCAUGCUUGUAAGAACCUCACUUUAUAGCAAAUGGCAUAUCACAGGAUUUGUCCAAAUAAUGGAUACUUUCAGUAUAUAAAUGUAAAUAAUUAUAGAUAAAAAUGUACUUCACUGUAUUUUCAAAUGAGUAACCUCCCUCUUUCCUCUUUUUUUUUUUUUUAAUUUUAAGACAUUGAAACUUGGCUUCAACUAACUAACUUGUUCUUCCUGAUAUGCCUGGAGUUUUGUUUUGUUUGUGACACCUAUCUGAUUCCAUUAUCUUUCAAGAGACUUCAAAAUCUAGGAAAUAUUUUGACAACCUGUAAUGACACUGGUCCUGGGCCGGUGACCCACCAACAACUCAGUGUCAAGUUCAUUGCUAAUAAAUCUUUUUGAUAUUUUGAGCUAUAGUGAAAAAAAAAUCUGGCCACUUUGUGUUUUUAUGAAGGCCAUGGAAUAAAGGGAUCCAAAGAUUUAAAUAUUUUUAUCUACUUUGAUUUUUGUUAACUUUCUCUUUAAAACAUUCAGUAGUGAUAAAUAUGUGGAAAGCUGCACUGUAGGACAAUUGGAAUAUUUAAAGAUGAUUGAUAUUUUAAUUUUAUAUCUUUUGUAUAGCUCUACAAGGAACUGUUUUGUAAUUUGGUUUCAUUAUUAAGGUCCAGUACUUGGCAGCCAUAGUUUAGAUAAUAUUGUUUAAUACUGUUUGCUUGCAUGUUAACAACAGAACCUUUUGGAGGACCCACAAAUCAUGAUAUUAAAUACAUUUCUGAGACAUUCUGAACAUCAGAGCAAGUGCUGUGGUGAACAUUGGAUGUCCCGGGCCUAUUUCAAGAAGAAAAACUGUAAAUACCAGUUCUACAUGCUCUAACAGUAUGAAUUCAUCCGUUUUCCCAGCCUUCUGGUCUCUGACUAGGGCAUUUGGUGCCCCAGUAACUGGCAGCAUGGCACGCUGCAGUGCACCUUACAAUACUAAAGCAAGGUUUCUGUUCUAAGGCAGAAUAAAACUAUUCAGUAAAAA